CUCUCUCCACCUUUGCCCGCCAUGGAAAUGAAAACCAGUCCGGUCAUCGCUCAGAUUGUUCAAGCGGUAACGGCAGCAGCGAUUACCUACUUUGCCUACACAUACAUUAUUCACCUCAACUAUAAGCGCCACCUCGCUCGGAUACCCCGGCUGAGAAGCCAGCAAAUUGGCAGCAACGAAGAGACGAGGCAAACUUAUCUCAAAUCGGCAAAGGCACUCUAUCGCGAAGGAUACGAAAAUUUCAAAGAUCAGGUCUAUCGAAUGUCGAAUGCUGAUGGCAUUGACAGUGUUGUCAUUCCGAGAAAGUUUCUGGACGAACUAAGGCGUCUCCCGGAUAACACGCUGAGCGCUGGAAAGGCUGUAGCAGAUUUUUUGGAAGUGAAAUACACGCAGAUUCUCGCCGAGGAAGACAUCGUUGCGCAUACCAUCAAGGCCGACCUGACACCAUCUCUGCUUCGACUCACCCCGAUUAUAUCUGAAGUGGCCGACAAAGCCAUCCAGGGCGAUAUGCCCAGUUGUGAAGACUGGACACCGGUUUGCAUCUAUGGAUUGCUAACGACUAUUGUGGCGAAGAUGUCCGGCCGCAUUUUCGUCGGGCCCGAUCUCUAUCUAGACGAGAAAUACUUGGAAAUGGGCAUCCAGUAUACACAUGAACUGAUGGCUGCACAACGCCGUGUCAAAAAUAUGCGGCCUCUUCUGCGUCCGCUACUCGCACACCGAACGCCGGAAGUCCGUCAGCUGAGGAAGCGUGAAAAAUUAGCAAAGGAAUUCUUCACACCAGUUGUAGAAGCUCGCCUCCAAGGAGAGAAGAGAGACGAUUGGAAGGAGCCUGAUGACAUGCUCCAAUGGCUUUUGAAUAGGCGGGAACAAUUCAAGCUCGAUACUAUGGAAAAGAUCUCAAAGUUACAAUUGGGUAUCAUUUUUACUGCUAUCCACACGACUGUCAUGACGGCAACUAACAUUUUCUACAGUCUAGUGGUAACACCUGAAUACAUUCAUGAACUCCGUGAGGAGAUCCUUCAAGCUUUGGCCAACAACGAAGGGAUAAUGAACAGCAAAGCAUUGCAAGAAAUGGAGAAAGUUGACAGUUACAUGAAAGAGGUUUUCCGUUUCUACAACUUCGGAACCAUAUCCUUCCUCCGAAAGGUCCUCAAGGGCAUCGUACUCUCCAACGGCCAAUACAUUCCUGCUGGUGUCAACAUCGAAGCACCCACUUAUUCCAUCUACCACGACGACCAUCUCUACCCUGAUGCCCAUACUUUUGAUGGCUUCCGCGCAUAUAAAAUGCGCAAGAACACUAUGUUAGAUGAGGUUAGCGCGCGCAAUCAUUUUGUUAAUGUUAACGACCAGAAUCUUGGAUUCGGCUAUGGGCGACACGCGUGUCCCGGGCGGUUUUUUGCAAACAACGAGAUCAAGUUGAUCUUGGCGAAACUGCUGCUUGAGUACGACAUCAAGAUGGUAGAUGGAAUGACGACGCGAUGGCCGAAUAUUGAGCAUGGCGCUGAGUGCUUGCCAGACCCGUCAAAAGAGAUUCUUUUCAAGAGGUUGAAGGCAUGAGCAUGUCCUGAGAGCCCACUAUCAUCUGAAUGAAUCAGGAGGAUUGCAACAAUGACAUCUAAGGUGAAACGGGUCUUAUAAUUUAUGAAGUUUGCGAUGUUGUACUUCCAGGAGUUAGCGUAUUACCUUAGGCAUUGACUUUCAGAGCGAGGUUCAACACCAGGUCUCCAAAUUAUCUCCGUCUUCU